AAAUUGAUAAGGCAUGAAACGUACGUAAAUAAACUUCCAGAUACGAAACACGAUUUUUGAAAAUCUGUGGUCUAGUUCUCUAAUUUUUGUGUUUUCUUCCAGUUUUAACUUGUCCACUUGUGCAAGAUGAGAGUUUUAUUUUCUCUGAAACCUUAGGGAAGUCAUCCCUAGGAUAUUCUUUACACUAUCUCACAUUCCUCAGAUUUUGAUAAAGAGAGCAAGCCAUAACUGCGUCCUCGAAGCACUAAGUACUUGGAAUGGGAGAGAGGGAUUGGAGACUCUUCGUUUAUGGAGGCGUAGCAUCUUGUAUAGCAGAAAUUGGUACUUUCCCCAUUGAUUUAGCGAAAACCCGAUUGCAAAUCCAAGGGCAGAAACAUGACAUCAAGCAUGCAGAAGUGAAGUAUCGUGGUAUGACUGAUGCGUUCCUUCAGAUCUCCAAGCAAGAGGGACUUUUAGCUUUAUAUUCUGGUAUCGGGCCUGCUCUCCUGAGGCAAGCAACCUACGGCACAAUUAAAUUUGGCACCUACUAUUCUCUGAAAAAUCUAUUCUCCCAAACUCACCGUGAUGACGAUGUGUUGGUCAACUUGUUUUGUGCGAUUACAGCAGGAAUAUUUUCCAGCGCUAUUGCAAAUCCCACUGAUGUGCUCAAAGUUAGAAUGCAAGCGCUGGGCCCUACAGCACACCCGAGUAUCGUACAUUGCUUCAACGAUGUCUACACUCACGAAGGCUUCAAAGGACUUUGGAGGGGUGCUUUGCCCACAUCUCAGCGCGCUGCAGUUAUUGCAGCUGUGGAACUUCCUGUUUACGAUUUCUGUAAAUAUCACCUAAUGACAGCCUUUGGUGACAAAAUGAUUAAUCAUUUCAUAUCUAGUUUCAUCGCCAGCUUGGGGAGUGCAAUCGCUUCAACACCUAUUGAUGUUGUUCGGACCCGGUUAAUGAAUCAGAAAAAACUGAAGAAAUUGGCAACUGUUACCGCUCAGCCUCAGCCGUUCCUUUAUGAGGGAAGCCUCGAUUGUUUCGCUAAGACGGUGAAAAAUGAAGGAUUUGCAGCCUUGUACAAGGGUUUCAUUCCAACGUGGGUUCGAAUGGGACCUUGGAACAUCAUUUUUUUCAUCACCUACGAGCAGUUGAAAAACUUCUACUGAGCUGUGAAAUUUUGGUACAAAUCUGUGACAGAAUCUCCUCUCUUUGUGAGAACAAAUCAUCGAAGUGCGGACGCUUAAGAAUGAAUCGUUACUUUCUUUCCUGUCCAGCUUCUCUACGUUAUUUGCUCAUAUCAGUUACUUUAGUUUCUACUGCCUUAUAUGAAUAUUUUUUUAAGUGAGAGCUAUAUUUGAUAUCUAAUGUAAGUUUGAUCUAAUCAUGCAAAACUUUUACACUCCUCGUUCGUAAUUCAAUUACCUUGACAAGCAUUUUGUUUCCUUGGUUUACGCUUAUGUUCCAUUUUGUUUAUGCAUUUACCGGUGUGUCAUCUCAUGUUUCCUAAAUCAUCUUCCUAUUUUAUUUUUGUAAAUCAAAGAUUGAGUACAGUUUAAAUUGCAGUGUGAUACGUAGAAGACACAAUUACUCAGAGAGUGGUUGAAAGGCUAGCGGAACAUUUUGAUCCGUGAAAUUCCUCAAAACUGAACAAAGUACCGAACAGGGAAAAAAUUAAACACCACAACCAAUGUUAUUUCAUCAAAAUUUUAAGCACAGCAUUGUAGGCAUUCUGAAAGAUUUUUAAUGUAAUUCAAUGUUAAUUAUUCAAAGUUACUGUGCUUAACAAUGAAAUAUUUUUUUCAGUAUGCCCAAAUUCUCUUGACAAAUUUAAAAAUAUGGCUUUUCUUAGGAGGAAAGAAAUUUUUAUCUAAUCAAAUUCUUGUUUUAUGCAGAUUAUCUGAAUUUAUUAUCAAUGCAUCUUUUUAUUUACGCUAAUUUUUUUCACUCUCUUGCUUUUUUAAAUGAAAAUAAUUCUGACAUAAACUACUCAAAAACUGACCUCUAAUAAUUUAAAUUACUUAUCAUAAACCCUAAUCUCUCACUUUUAUGUCACUUUUCAAUAUUUCAAUGUUUGCUGCGUGAAAUUUUUAUGUGGAAAUAUGUUUCUUGGUGCUUUUCUCUGGCCAGUAUUUCAUUCAAAUCUUGCAGGAAGAUGUAAAUUCAUCGCUUCACUCUUAAAGACAAAACUUCCGUCCUGUCCAAAAAUGUCUUUGAUUUUUAUAAGUACAUAGCACAGAGCAAAUUGACUGAAAUUGGGAAUAUUCGUCCCCCAAUUAACAGCUAAUUAAUUGAUCAGUCUCAUGUUUUUUGUCGACAGAGCAAUGUACAUGUGCUUUCCUGCAAGUAAUAGUUGGAGUCAUUGCGGCAUUGCAAUCUGACCGUGAAAAUUUUUUUCUUUUUUUCCUAGAUUUUUCAUCCUAAAAAAGAAAUCAAGUACUUAACUGUACUCUAGUAGAAUUUAAUAAUCUUUAUCCUUUCAACAUAGCAAAUACAUAUAACUUUGUUCACUGUCAGGGAUCUUUUAGUAUGCUUGAGGGAAAGAACGAGCCAAUCAAUUUCGCAAGAACCACUUACAAUUUUCUAUCAAAUCAAAGCAUCUUCUUGUCAAAAUUUGACCAUGCUACAAUUGUAUUGAGUUAAAAAUGUGACGAAGUCUUCUUUAUUUUCUUUUUAUCACAUAAAGCUAUCAAUAAGAGGACCCAUAACGUGGCUUUUUCCGGGGACAGAGUAGCAUAAAAGUUCAAUUUUCUUUGUGUGUGAGGGGGGAGGGAGGGAAAGAUUUUUGGACUUCAUUUCACAAUGAGAUGGAUUGAAAGCGGGAGGGAGAGUUACUGAGCAAUAGAAAUCAAAUUAAGGGGUCUGAUUCAGCGUAACUCGAGUCUUGCAAGGGAGUGAAAAACAAUCAGUGAGAGAACGUUUCUUCUUGAACGCUUUCUCCAUAAUUUUACAUGUUGAAGAUGUCUACUUUCUAUAAAGGGACAGAAAAUCAAGUUGUUAAAGGUCAUGAUUGAUUCAAUUCUCUUCUCGUUAGGCUGCUUUUUCCUUGAUACUCUUAGCCUCAAUUUAGAAAUUUAUCUUCUCGUACAUCUUAUUGUUGAUUCCUGAGGAAAGUCAUUUCUUGCGAGCUAAACCAUGAUGGUACGAGUCAGGAGCUAAAAUAUUUUUUAUCCGAAAGUCAUGUGCACUCAAAGCUUUAAUGCCACUGUCUUUUUUCUUCUUUCACUCUUCUAAUUACAGUGUGUUAAGCAUCUUCAUUGUGAACUAGAUUAAGAAUGAAACUCUAAUUUAUUUUAUUGUUUUAGUGUAUUUUCCAAAGAAAUUACGCUAUUGUUUUGUUGAAAUUGUAUUUUUAAAAUCAAUAAAAAUGCUUAUUGCUCCAUGAUUGUCAUCAAGUUA